CCCAGGACGAGGAAGUCAGAAUCAAAGUGGUAACCAUGGAAACAAACCCAGACCUGAUUCCACACACUGAUCGAUGAGGUUGUGGGUGUGUGUGCGGUGGGCCGGAUGUGGAGGACUCCUGUCCCACAUUCAGACACAGAGCCCCCUCGUCCCCCCCGACAGAGGACAGAAGAGCAGACGGACGGCUGAGAGGAGGAUGGAGAAACAAGUGGCUGCGCUGGGCCUCGGGGUGCUGGUCCUGGUCCUCGCUCUGCUCCGCGGGUCCGAUGCUGCAGGCUCGCUGAAGGUCGACCCGCCGCAGGACGGCGGUGGCGGCCGCGGCUCGGACACCAUCAGCCACUCCCUGAGCGUGGUGCAGCGCCUGGAGGCCCUGCUGCUGCAGGGGAACGGCAGCGACGUGGCCCUGCGGGUGGAGACGCCCAGCGCCGACGAGGUGAAGGUGAUCGCGGCGCACGCGCUGGUGCUCUCGCUGCAGAGCGCCGUUUUCGAGGAGAUCCUCCUGAACCGCAACGGCAGCACGCUGGUCCUGAAGGAGAGCUCCGACUGCGCCGCCGUGUUCGACAAGUUCAUCAGGUACCUGUACUGCGGAGAGAUCUCUCUGCAUGUGGACCAGGCCAUGGCGCUGCACAAGCUGGCCGCCAAGUACCAGGUGCUGGGCCUCCAGCAGGGCAUCACCCAGUACAUGACCCAGAACCUGGCGCGGGAGUCCUCCUCGGGCCACGUGGCGGGCUGGUACGAGUACGCCCAGCAGGCCGGCGACGGCGCCCUGCGGGACAGCUGUCUGCAGUACAUGGCGUGGAACCUGUCGUCGCUGCUGCAGGGCGGCGAGUGGGCCGCCAUCAGCAGCCAGCUGCUCAUGACGCUGCUGCAGCGCUCCGACCUGGUGCUGCAGAGCGAGAUGGAGCUCUUCGCGGCGCUGGAGGCCUGGAUCAUCCACAACGAGCCCGACGGGCUGACGGCGGAGAACGCGCUGAGAGCCGUGCGCUACGCCAUGAUGCCGCCGCGCGAGCUCUUCCGCCUGCAGACCCACUCGCCGGUCCUGGCCCGCUACCAGGAGUCGGUGCGCGACCUGCUGUACUUGUCCUACCAGUUCCACUCGGCGUCGCCCAUGCACAUGGCCAAGUUCUUCGACGUGAACUGCAGCCUCUUCAUGCCGAGGAACUACCUGUCGCCGCUGUGGGGCUCGCCGUGGAUCAUCAGCAACCCGUCGCGAGACGACCGCAGCACCAGCUUCCAGACGCAGCUGGGGCCCAGCGGCCACGACUCCAGCAAGCGGGUGACCUGGAACGCCAUGUUCUCGCCGCGCUGGCUGCCCGUCGGCAUGCGGCCCAUGUACACGGAGGCGGGCGCCAUGCAGCCCACGCGCGUGGAGGGAGGGCGCCCCCGCAUCAUCAUCACGCCGGCCACGUCCAGCGCGGACUUCGCCGGGGUGAGCUUCCAGAAGACGGUGCUGGUGAUGGCGCAGCAGCAGGGGAAGGUGGUGGUGAAACACGUCUACAACUUCCACCAGAGCACCGAGGAGAGCGGCGACUUCCUGGCGGAGGCCGACCUGCACCGCCGCACCUCGGAGUACCUCGUGGACGGAUCCCUCUUCCUCCACAUCGUGGUGAAACCGCUGUACCAAACCCUCAUCACCAUUAAGAACUGACCCCCCCCUCCCCUCCCCGACCUGGUGAAGCCCCCCUCACUCAUAUCACCACGUGGGGGAGUGAUGUUUGGAUCGUGGUCUCUUCUCAUCGGGCAACUAAACAAAGUGGUGACGGUCUGAGGGCGUUUUGUGACAUCGCCAUGAAGCGGGGGCGGAGCCUGGCGAUAUUCUACAUGUUUCUUAAUGUCAACAAGCGCAACAGAAAAAUCUUCUGCCGUUGCGGAACUUUUAUAAUUCUGCCGUUUCCACGCAGCAAUAGUUCACGAGGCACCGGGUUGAUGUUCGUUCCAGCAGGAACAUUUAGUUGAAAAUAAGUAAAAUAUUGGAUAUCGCCGCCCUCAUCUUUUAUGUUACAUGUUCUGUUCCUUCUAUGUUUCCUGUGUAUCGUUUCUGAAUCUUGGUGCUAUGUGACCCGUUCACAUUCAGGGGCCUCAGUGAGCGUUGACUUGAUGAUUUUAAGGUCAAACAACAUCCAGAGGUCGACGUGUGGUUUGGAAGCAAAGAGUAAAAUAAACAAAAGUAACUUGUUUGAAGAAACCAAACCCUUCACAGCUUAUUUUAAUAAUCUCUGAAUCAGUUCUUACUGGGAACCAAAUGUUGAAAUUGAGUCAUAACGUAUUUAUUAAACCUCUUAGUUCUGUCGUGUACCUUUAGCUCACUGAUUAAAGUCAUCACUUAGAU